UGGCAAUGCGCCCGUCCUGUUACCGCUUGUUGCCGACGCGAGAGUUGUGUGCAAUGGUGGACGAGGUUCUCGAAGGCCGCUCGUGCGCCUUCCCGUCAAUUUCCCGAGCAAUCCGUCUGUUUCUCCGACAAGCACGACGCUCAUCACUCGUCGCGUCUCGCUCGAUCUUGCCGUAACCACACAAACCUCCACUAGCCCGCCCUUCGCUUUUUCAACCAAACUUCGCCAUCGGGCGGCAGAGGGGGAGGAGCUUUCGCGUACACCCGGAAUCGCCGCCGAUUAAUCUCGAAUCUUCGAGUGAGCGAGAGAGAGGGAACGAUGUGAGAGGAUCGCAAGACGACGAGGACACCAACGACGUGAAGCUGCCGCUCUAGAAUCCGCGCGACCGGUGCCCGUAAACACACCGCGCACGUAAAUACAGUGACACACACACACACGUAUACACGCGCGGCGUCGCGCGCAGAGCCUCCAAGUUCGGUGCGCGCGUUCUGUGAUAGAGGAGGACACCCGGUCUACAUAAUCCACCGUGUAUCGCGCCACUCUCGGAAUAACUCGACGGUGGCGGUGGCUCCCAAAUAGCAAUAGCAGCGAUAGUAGCAGUGGUACGUUCGCGCGGCAUGAAAAAAUGAUGUGAUCGACGGUCAUCAUGGCGGCACCCAUGCUAAAGUGGAAGCGGAUCGCGAAUCCUACCGGGCCCCAGCCGAGGCCGAGGCAUGGCCACCGGGCGGUCGCCAUCAAGGACCUCAUGGUGGUCUUCGGCGGCGGUAACGAGGGCAUCGUCGACGAGCUACACGUAUACAACACGGCCACAAACCAAUGGUUCGUGCCAUCCACAAAGGGAGAUAUCCCGCCAGGUUGCGCGGCAUACGGAUUUGUCGUCGACGGCACACGUAUCCUGGUCUUUGGCGGAAUGGUGGAAUAUGGCAAGUACUCCAACGAGCUGUACGAGCUCCAAGCGAGCCGAUGGGAAUGGAAACGCUUGAAGCCGAAGCCGCCUAAACACGAGCCACCUCCGUGUCCGCGAUUGGGACACAGUUUCACUCUUAUCGGCAACAGGGUCUUCCUCUUUGGAGGUCUCGCGAACGACAGCGAUGACCCGAAGAACAAUAUACCGAGAUAUCUGAACGAUCUGUAUACUCUCGAGCUUCUUCCCAAUGGCCAAACAGCCUGGGAUGUGCCGCAGACGCAUGGACAUGCGCCACCCCCCAGAGAAUCUCACACUGGAGUCGCCUACACCGAUCGUACGACGGGUAAAUCCUGUCUGGUGAUUUACGGUGGUAUGAGCGGUUGUCGUUUGGGUGAUUUGUGGUUCCUCGAUGUCGAUUCGAUGACUUGGAACAAACCAAUGGUCCAUGGACCCACCCCUCUACCACGAUCACUACAUACUGCCACUUUGAUCGGUCAUCGCAUGUACGUAUUCGGGGGAUGGGUGCCAUUGGUCGUCGAUGAUGUUAAAGUCGCGACGCAUGAGAAAGAGUGGAAAUGCACAAGUACACUAGCAUGCUUGAAUCUAGAAACUCUAACUUGGGAGCAAUUGACUGUCGAUUCUCUGGAGGAAAAUGUUCCACGUGCUCGCGCCGGUCACUGUGCAGUUGGUGUGCACAGCAGACUCUACGUUUGGUCUGGUAGAGACGGCUAUCGUAAAGCUUGGAACAACCAGGUCAGGGUUUGCUGCAAGGAUCUAUGGUAUCUCGAGGUCAGUAAACCGACGCCGCCUUCCAGAGUCCAGCUGGUCAGGGCUUCCACGCAAACGUUGGAAGUCAGCUGGACCGCGAGCCCGUCCGCGCAAUAUUAUAUCCUCCAGAUACAGAAGUACGACAUGCCACCAGCGGCGACUGGCGCUUUCCCGCCAGUAAGCGCACCAGCCCCUACCACACCCAUCGUCAGCACCACCCCCGCGGCAGCGGUAACGACUCCCGUGAUGGCGACAACCCCCGCGACCGUCCCCGUCACAUCUCCGCCCGUGACCACGGUCGCUGCUCUUCCUCCGACUAUCCCGUCUCCUGCCGCUGCCGCCAGAUCGACUGUCACAGCGACGGUGACGAGUCCGUUGCGAGUCCAGUCGACCGCGCAGAGUCCCGUAAAGGUUGUAUCGCCGCAAGUGGUGCCAAAACCGACGAGUCCCAUGACUCCGAGAGUCGUGACCGGCAAUGUCAUACGCAUCCGUUCUCCCCUGGUUACUUCCACGGUCGCGGCAGCGAUACCGACGGCAGUAGCAGUGGCUACCACCGAGCAACAACAGCAAACCACCGCGACCGCGACUACAACUGUGGCGUCAGGCCAGACACCCGCCGCCGCGAUGUCCGGCAUCGCCGCUCUGGCUGCCGCGGCGGCCGCCACUCCAAAAAUUACCAUGAACAAUGUCCCCAUUCUGCCGCAGGCUGGAGCCGCGACCGCGACCAAUACCAUUAGGAUGAAGAAUGUUCAGCCGGGUCAGCAGAUUCGCUUCGCUGCGCCCGGUGCUACGGUGCUGCGCGCCACUUCGCCGCAGCAAAGCAAACAGAUCAUAUUGCAAAAACCCGGUCAGAACAUAUCUGGUCAGCAGAUUGUGCAUCUCCUCAAGACCGGACAGGGCAUGGUGACCACAGUGCCCAAGGUGAGCCUCAUUCCCGGCAAAACUGUCCAAGCGGCCGGCGCAAAGCCUCUCAAUCAGGGAGCGACAAUAUUGCGACUGGUGAGUCCAAAUACGGUGGCAGGAUCAAAGAUACUCACGACCAUGAAAACGUCAAAUAUAGUAGCGAUGAGCAAGGGACAGAAUAUCACGGGCAAGCAGACUAUAAUGAUUACUAAACCAGGUGGUAAUGGCGGACUGGUUGGCAGACCCAAUCAAAUCAUUGUCGUUACUACAGGCUCAGGUCUUAGAGCUGUGCAAGCUGUGACGACCUCGCAGGCUAGUACGGGACAAGGGGGUAACAUUACUACUCCUGUCAACGUCCUACCAUUAUCGGCUACUAAUCAUGUCACGAAUCAACAAGGCGUCAAAAUGAUUGUUGUUUCUUCUGGUGCGAUGGGCGGUGGAACUGCCGGCAAGCCUAUCACUAUCACAGUCCCGGGACAGGGCGGUGUACCAAAGACAGUGACUAUCGCUACGAAAGGCAGUUCGCAAGCCAUCUUCAAUCCUGGCAAAAGUCAAAUCGUUGCCGUGCCACAAAUGCAAAAAACUCCCGAAGCAGUGACGAUGUCUGGGAAACCGGUAACUUUGCAAAUGUCGGGAGGCAUAGGUGCAAAGACAGUGACGCUUAUGCCAACAAGCAGUUCUAUAGUGACUACUUCGAGUGCAUCAGAUUCAAUAGAUGCUGGUAAAAUGCUUUUUGUUUCUUCACAGAAACAACCUUCAGCUUCCUUAGCAUCAACAUCUGAUGGCCCAGCUACUACUGAUGCUGCGUUAGCCGCAUUAGCAGCAGAGGCAGGUCUGAUAGAUCCGGUUCAGGAACCAUCUGGUGGCCUGUCGUUUAUGGUAGCUGCAGAUGAUGGUGCUGCUGGUGACGACAAAAUGGAAGACAGCUGUAAUGGUAAUGAAACGACUACAGCGGCUGCUCUAGUUUCACAGAUGAGUGCGGGUGAACCGAUGCAAGUCGACGGCGAUGGAAAUUUUAUACUUCCUCAAGUUGACGGGCCGAUUGAUGCUCUUUUAUCGGAAGACGAGGAGAAGAUGGAUCUAGACGAAGAGUCUGCUCCUUCAGAAAGCGCUACCGAAUCGGCUAAUGUUGAUGAGCCGGCAGCAGUUGCAGAACAGGGUGUUAAUGUUCAGGCUGAAAAUGUUCAAACGGAAGAAUCUACAAUAAAGGAGGAAGCCGCCACGCCUGAAGCGGUAACGACUGAGUCGAUUACUCCUGCUGUUACCGGCGAAAUUUCCGAGGAAGCCGCUGAUAAUCCAUCAGCCGAUGACGAAAUACCUAUCGAAACAAGCGCCGAUGAUGCGGAGCAACCGAAUGAAAAAGAGGUGGAUAUUAAACCAUUAAUUGAUGAAACGAAACCGAUGAAACCUGAUUUACCUUUGGUAGAAUCACCUGCGGAAGCGUCAUCGGAACAGACAACUUUGACAGACGUCGUAAAUCCGACAGCAACGAAAACCGAUGAAACCCAACAGGAUGAGAGCAACCAAGCGAAAGAUAUAAAGCUCGAACCGUAUUCUGCCGAAGACGAAAAGUCAUUGGCGACUGAGAAUCUAUUUGUUGAAGAUACGGAUACGGCACAUCUUUCCAAAGAUGAAACUCAGGAAACUGAGAAAGUGAAAGAUGAAAAUGCAGAAGCAGAGAUCAAUCUUCCGGCUGAAAAUUCUCUCGCAAAAUCGGAAGACACCAGUGAGCCAAUGGCCACUGAUGAUGGCACGUUGACUGCGACAGAUGCAGUUAAUGUAACACCACCGGUGACGACUCCGGUCGUAACGCCGAGUGUGCAGAUGAAACUGGAACCAACCGACGAACCUACAGAACACGACAAGUCGCCCGAUGUACCAAUAUCAUCGAUCAACGGUGUCGCCUUGCCUCUCGAGAAGGAAAUGGAAGACGCAAAAGUACACAUGCCUGUGAAAAUGGAAGUGAAAGACGAACUAACGUCCUCGAAGAAAGAAAAUUUGAAGCAGGAGAAGCUCAAUGAUGCUAGAUCGGAAACCGGGGAUGAUUCGACGGCAUUGACGACAUUGGCUACCGCUGCUUUGGGAUCGGCUGAGUCACCGAUAAAAGUUAAAAACGAACAGAGCGAAGAGGAGAAGAAAGAGGCAGAAUGGUACGAUGUAGGAGUAAUAAAGGGAACCAGCUUUACAGUCCAACAUUAUUAUCUUCCUGGCGACGAGCCGCUAGAUAUUACACAAUCCUUGACGAUGGAUAUCUUUAAAGGAAGGACCAAAGUAGCAUUGGAGCCUGGAACUGCCUAUAAAUUCAGAGUCGCCGCUGUGAAUACUUGCGGACAAAGUGCCUGGAGCGAGGUAGCAGCAUUCAAAACGUGUCUUCCGGGCUUCCCGGGUGCACCGAGCGCUAUAAAAAUAUCCAAGUCCGCAGACGGCGCACAAAUCUCUUGGGAACCGCCACCGAGCAACGUUGGUCCCAUCCUCGAAUAUUCCGUCUAUCUGGCAGUGCGGAGUACCGCGUUGAACAAUGACGGGGAACCAAAAACAGUUGUGUCGAAUCCAAAUCAGUUAGCCUUUAUUAGAGUUUAUUGCGGUUCGAAUAAUGCUUGUUCGGUGAACAAUAGUGCCCUUAAUGCCGCUCACGUGGACACGACUACGAAACCGGCCAUAAUCUUUAGAAUAGCAGCACGAAACGACAAGGGAUAUGGACCAGCCACUCAAGUCAGGUGGUUGCAAGCAGAUCCAACUACCGCUGUGAAAAGUAAUCCCCAAGCGAAAAGACCUGGUACGGAUCUACGCUCGCAGGUGACUUCUCCACAGAAGAAGAUGAAGAUGGAAACAGCUGGUGAUAAUUUCUCGUGAGCCCAUUCUCUCCCCGGCCUCGUACAGCCGUGACUCCCACGCGAGCGAUGUUACACACAUUAUUUAAUUUACACACGCCUAACAACGAUAACGAAAUCCAAUGUAUUAUCGAGUAUGAACAACGUGAUGUAUAAGAAAAACGAGAGAUGAGUGCUCGAUAAAGACAAAAAGGUGUGUGUGUCUAUAGUUAUAGAUUUAAUCUAGAUUUAAUCUGUAAGAUUACAUAUAAAAAAGUAUUUUUAAUGUUC